AUGCAAUUCAAAUGCCACGGAACCCACGUGCCCGAGGGAGCCAGAUCCAUCCCAAUAACUUUUAUAACUGCGAACGGCCAAGAGAAGAAGGUGCCCGGAUUUGCGAAACAGACUGUGCUGGAAGUGGCGCACGAGAAUGAUAUUAAUUUAGAGGGUGCUUGCGAAGGCUCUUUGGCGUGUUCCACGUGCCACGGUAUCAUAGAGAAGGGCUACGAGAAGUUCCCGAGUCCGAGCGAGCGAGAGGAGGAUUUAUUGGAUCAGGCGCCGCAGCUCACGGAUCGUAGCCGGCUCUGUUGCCAACUUCGACUUAAGGACGACGGCAGGCAUGACGGCGUCGUAGUUCGACUACCGAAUCAAACCCGAAACUUUUACGUAGACGGACAUAUUCCAAAGCCUCACUAA